AUGUUUCUAUUUGGGAAAAAACUAGAUAAACAAUGUGUGGAGGAAAAUUGCAAUGAUGAAUUUAUUGAUAUCAAGAAUAAGGUGGAACUGGAAGGCAGAAGUGGAAAACCUCCAAACUUGAGAGAAAUUGGAGCAGCUACUUGGUUAUACCUACAUAAUAUGGCAAAUAAGUACCCAGAAGAUCCUAAUAGUAGCGAUAAAGAGAGAUAUAAAAACUGGAUUUACCACUUUUCUAAUCUUUACCCAUGCAAGGUUUGUAGAAAUGGUAUGAAAAAAAUUCUUGAAAAUAAUCCACCAAGUUUAAAUGACAGAAAAGACUUCGUUCUAUGGUUGUGUGAAUUUCACAAUAAGGUUAAUCAAGAAUUAGGAGCAAAAACUUAUAAAUGCAAUUAUCAGGAUCUUCUUAAAAAAUUCAAUAAUUAA